UAAAAUCUUGGAGCAAAAGAAAACGGGAAAACAGCGUGCGCUGCUGCUUUUGAACCCCUUUAUUUAAACCACUCUUUCGCAUUGCAUUUCUUCCCAACCAAAACCAUUCUCUCCACUUCAUUCAAUCUCUCGUUUAAUUGAUUAGUUACAAGCAGAAGAACACAAGAUGGCGACAAAGAAGAGCGUGGGAUCACUGAAAGAAGGUGAUCUGAGAGGAAAGAAAGUGUUUGUGAGAGUUGAUUUGAAUGUGCCAUUGGAUGAUAACCUCAACAUAACUGAUGAUACUAGAGUUCGUGCUGCUAUUCCCACCAUUAACUACCUCAUCACUAAUGGUGCUAAAGUCAUCCUCUCUUCUCAUCUGGGACGACCAAAAGGUGUCACCCCAAAGUACAGCUUGAAGCCUCUUGUUCCAAGACUGUCUCAACUCCUCGGAGUAGAGGUGAAGAUGGCCAAUGAUUGUAUUGGUGAGGAAGUCGAGAAACUGGUCUCCCAAUUAUCAGAUGGGGGUGUUCUUCUCCUAGAGAAUGUAAGGUUCUAUAAAGAGGAAGAAAAGAAUGACCCUGAAUUUGCAAAGAAGCUGGCAUCUCUCGCAGAUUUGUAUGUAAAUGAUGCAUUUGGCACCGCACAUAGAGCACAUGCUUCCACCGAGGGUGUGACAAAGUUCUUGAAGCCUUCUGUUGCUGGUUUUUUGAUGCAAAAGGAGCUUGACUAUUUGGUUGGAGCUGUUUCAAAUCCCAAGAAGCCAUUUGCAGCUAUAGUUGGUGGCGCAAAGGUGUCCAGUAAAAUUGGUGUGAUUGAAUCACUUUUAGCAAAGGUUGACAUUAUUAUCCUUGGUGGAGGAAUGGUAUUUACUUUCUACAAAGCACAAGGAUUUUCAGUUGGAUCAUCACUUGUUGAGGAAGAUAAGCUUGACCUUGCAACAUCACUACUUGAGAAAGCAAAGUCCAAAGGGGUUUCUCUACUGCUCCCCUCAGAUGUUGUUAUUGCUGACAAGUUUGCUGCCGAUGCAAACAGUAAGACUGUCCCUGCAUCUAGUAUUCCUGAUGGCUGGAUGGGUCUAGAUAUUGGGCCAGAUUCCAUCAAGACAUUUGGUGAAGCUUUGGAUACCACAAAAACCGUCAUCUGGAAUGGACCAAUGGGGGUUUUUGAGUUUGACAAGUUUGCAGCAGGAACAGAGGCCAUAGCACAUAAAUUGGCUGACCUUAGUGGGAAAGGAGUGACCACAAUUAUUGGAGGAGGCGACUCUGUUGCUGCUGUAGAGAAAGUAGGACUCGCAGAGAACAUGAGUCAUAUCUCCACAGGAGGUGGUGCUAGCUUGGAACUACUUGAAGGAAAACCUUUGCCUGGUGUUCUUGCUCUGAAUGAUGCGUGACUGAGAUCUUGUCAAUGUUUUUCCCUUUUAUAAACAAUCUCCAGCCCGUGCCAUGUGUUGUGUACAUGGAGUUGAGUUUUCUAGACCUGAGUAAUCGGGAUCAUAAUAGAACUAAGAGUUGGUAGUUGAAAAAACAAUAAACAGAGUAAAGACAGACAUGAUAGAGAACUUGCAUUAAGUUAUCAUGCAAGUUGUGCCUACUGCUGCUGGCAUGUAAAGUACAACCUUGUUCUAAGAUUUGGGCUUGUAAACCAGAGGUUAUUUUUAAUUGUGUUGUGCUGAUUCCUACAA